AUGAACUUCGUACAGAGCAUCUCGGAGGAAGAUGAGCAAUGUUCACGGAAAAAGAACAGAGAUUUUGUCCAUGUCUUACUGAUCAAAAAUAAGACCUUUGUGACCGUGACAGAUGCUAGGGGGAAUAAAAAGACUGGGGCCUCCGCAGGUUGUUUGGAGGAAAGAAAAGGGCGGUCUCGUCUUUCUCGGUAUGCUGCUGAAGCAACUGCGGAACAUGUCGGGCGAUCCGCCAGAAAGAUGGGUUUGAAGUCAGUUGUCAUGAAAGUGAAAGGAUCUACUUAUUUCAGGAAAAAGAAUAAAGUGAUCUUGAGCUGGAGAGAAGGUUUUCGAGGUGAAGGAGUAGGAGAUCAAUCUCCAAUUAUGUACAUCCACGAUGUGACCCAACUUCCACAUAAUGGAUGCCGACUCCCCAAAAAACGUCGUGUUCAAAUAGUUCCAACCAUUUUUGAAUCUCCAUUUUCACUUGACAAGAAAAAAUUCCGGAAAAAAUCUGACUCGGAAGGGAGGCUAGACUAA